AUGAUGGCCAACUACACUGGCAUUCCGCUAUCAAGUUUCAUACCAUGGCUUGAGGAAAAACUGUCACAAAAAUACUCUGAUGCUCUCGAAGGUAUGCAAAAAAGAUUUAUUGGCAUAUUUUCCCUGCUUCGAAUUAUUCUCAAUUACACAAUAGAAAUCAAUGAAAUUUUCCAAAAAAGCCCAGACCUUCUCGCCAAAAAGCAAUUUUUAGAUAAUAUCUUGUAAGGAUAACUCAGACAUAUAUUGAAUGAAAUAAUACUUGAAUAUCCAAAAGUCCUUGACUUUGAAUAUUGUGAAAAUUUUAUCUCAACUAUCCAAGAGAGACUAGAAUUAAUUUACGCCAAUUUUCAUCCUCUAACACACAUUUCUGUCCAAGAAGUUUCAAUAAAUUCAGCUAUUGAAGCAAAAUGCAGAAUGAUAAGCUCGGCUUUACAAAAAGCUCCAAAUUUUAUUAUUGAGCUUCAAAAUCGAGCUGAGUUAGCGCUACCUUUAUUAAAGCACAUAGAGCAAUCUUUAAAGGUAAUCUGCAAUUAGUAUUUCAAAGACCCUGUGAAUUUAUUGAUUAACGAAAUAAGCCAAUUAAAAGAAUUUGAGAAAACAAAAAAUGAAUUUUUAAUGCUGAAAAUGCAAGUACUAAUAACCCCUCAGUGAGCGAACAAAAAAAUUUGGCUCGCUAACAGAGGGGGUUAAUUUAUUUUUUUUAAAAAAAAUUAUAUAUAAAUUUAUAGUAAAUUUUUUUUUCGAAAUUCAAAAAAAUUUCAGUUCGUAAAAAUUGAGAAGUAAAGAUUAAUUUAAUUUACAAAUUUAUGUUUUAAAAUGCAAGCUGUUUAAUAUUAAACAAAAUUAGCUAGAGAUUCCAUCAUAAUAAUUAUCACUUAUAUCUCAAUUUUUUUUUCCAUAAAAAAUUUUGGUUCACUAUCGGAGGGUGAGUUUUUUUGGGCAAAAAAUAGGGAUUUUUCCAAUGGCUUUGUUCACUCUCGGAGGGGGGAUUAAGGUUUCCAAAAGACGAAGAGCAUAAAAGCUUGAAAAAAAUGGGAGAACUUGCACUGUCAUUUAGCGAAGUAGAAAAAGAUUUAGAAGCUUAUUUAGACCCAGCUAUAAAAAUGAGCCAUAUGAUAAAAAAUAAAGGAAAAAAAUUUUUGAGGGAAGAAGGUAAAGAAGACUGCAGAGAUUUAUUGAGCUAUGCCAAUAUUCUUGUGAAGCAAGAUUUUUUCUCUCAUUUGUUGCCUGACUUGUGCAAUACUGAUGAUUUGAUUCAAGCUUUAUUACAUCUACAAAGCCAGAGAGGAUUAAUUGGGGAGCUCAGAAAGAAAGAACCGUAUAAAUCUGGAUUUGAAAGCAUUUCAAUCAUAAAAGCUGAUGAGCUUAGAGAUUUACUCGCAAAAUGGAAACAAUUAUAUAAAGAAAUAAAGGAUUUAGAGGCUUCAGAAGAAUUCAGUGAAAACUUCCAAGCCUUUAAAAGCAAUACAUUAAUUCCUUUUGCGGACCUUGGGAAUUUAUUAGAAAAAUUAAGGCAAUUUCAAAGGGUGUUCCAUGUUUAUCAAAGAUCUUGGGUUUGAUUUAAAAAAUUGAGAUACAAAGUUGCGAGAUUUUGCUUGGAAGAGUUUCAUGAACGAAUUGAAUUAACUUGGCCAAAUUAA